GCACACGAGCUGAAUGCCGUGGGGCCGCAGUUCGGCAUGGCUGGCUGCGAUCUCUUUUCAUUCCUGACGGGUGACGCUGAUGACGCGGAACACCAGAAACAACUGUUGAGAGAGGAAAAGGAAAAAGCGAUGUUUUCUGGCAGAAAGAGUAGGAGGGAACGCCGUGCCCAUCGCUAUGGAAUAGACGAGAUACCAUCCGCGCUUAUAAGGGUAUGUGCAGACGAAUUGACGUUUCCGUUUUAUACGCUUGUCAAUCAGUCUUUUGCCGAGGGUGUGUUCCCGGAUCUUCUUAAACAAUCCCUGAUAAAACCGAUCCUCAAAAAAGGAACAAUGUCCGAUUGCGAAACUUUAAAUAUAAAAUUUCGAGUUUUGGACUUGUUCAGUGAACUUGACGAGUCUGAGUUGGAUGAAGUUGAAAAAUGGAUUUCUAGUCAAUCUUAUAAGAAAGACUUAGAAAAGAAGAAAGCCCUUCGCAAUUCAGAAAGGACACUGAUUAAAAUUGGGAAUGCUAUAAAAAAGAUAAUUCCAUUUGAGGCAGAGAUGGACUCUGAAACAAUCAUACCACCAACUGUAGGUGACCAAGCAGAUUGUAACUCAGUCAACACUUGUCAUGUAGAUGCUUUCCUGUAUGAUGAAGAAGAGGUUGAAAAUCUAGUAAAAGAAGGAAAAUUAAAACGAUUUUACUGUCUGGAUUGCCACUCACGCAACAUUAAGGACUUGACUUACAUAUCUCACUCAAUGUCGAAAUCUGUGCUCCAGUAUAUUUUUAAAGUUCUACUUCCUAAAGAUCUAGAUGACAAACUGUUGUUAGAUAUUGGAUCUAGGUUGGGAGCAGUGUUGUAUGGAGCAUAUUAUCUCUCAAAUGCAUCAAAUAUUAUAGGAAUUGAACUCAGUAAGGACUUCUGCAAAGUUCAAGAAAGAAUGUUUGAUGCAUUUUCAAUGGACACAAAUAGAAUAAAAGUAAUACACUCUGAUGCAAUGGAAAGACAUGAUAUUAUUGAAAACUCUGAUAUUAUAGUAAUAAAUGUUCUAGAUUUCUUUGUAGACAUAGAAAAACAUAAAGAAAUGUGGUAUUUCUUCAAAAAGUACAUAAAGAAAGGUAGUUAUCUUGUAUGUAAUAGAAGUAUGGCAGACACACUCAGCAGUUUAGACAUUUUUGAAGAGUUUAUGAAUUGGCUAAGCAUUUGCAAACCGAGUCAAUUAGAAAAUGAGGUACUGUUUGAUAUAGAAGAUAGUAACGAACUGUAUUUAUACACUGUAAAUUAA